AUGGUCGCCAGCAAGCGCACUGUGACGAGGAGAAGCACUCGACGAGCAGGCGUCGGCGGAAGCAAUGAUGAACCCGACAUCUACCGGCAGAUGCUCGCCGAGGCCGGCGAAAAGCCCCAGUCGCCUCUGGACGACAAAAGACAUCUUAACCAGUCCGAAACUGGAGAGCAAGAGGGCGGGCAAGCGCAAGAAGAUGAGGACGAGGACGAGGAGCUGGAGUUUCAAGACGUCAUUCUCCCCAACCCGACAGUCCAGACCCUUGAGCGGGACUCGGACGAAGAGGACUCGGAUGACGACGAGGAUUUGCAUUUCGAGGACGUUGACUUUGUGAACUGGUUGAAUGACACCAAGGGGAAGGCCCCGGAAAUCGCAGAACUGGAGCUCAACCUCACUGCUCAGCAGUCGUCCACGACGCCGACCAAGAGACCUGGAGAGCGGCGCAAGCCAAUCACCAAGGAGGAGAAGGAUCGGCGCAUCGCAAUCCACAAGACCCACCUCCUAUGCCUGCUAUCACAUGUUGCGCGGCGAAACCACUGGUGCAACGACCACAAGGUGCAAGAGUCCCUGCGCCCGCACCUCACAGACAAAACCGUCCACUAUCUCAAUCCGGAGUCACACUUGCCGCAGUUUGGGCAGGCCGAGAGCCUCAAAAAUGGACUGAAGCAGGCGGCGGACGUGUGGAAGAGCAAGUUUGAGAUUAAAGAAAGGGGCUUGCGCAGGGCGCUGUGGGCAGAGGAUGUCGAGCAGCUCAAGGAUUAUGAACCUCUGGUUGACAUGGACUCGUGCUUGGAUCGCGCCGACUUUCGCGAGGCGGCCGGGAAGCUUCAGGGGUCGCGUGAUGUGGGCGCGCAACUCUACUGUGCGCUUCUCCGGAGCGCGGGCGUUCGUGCUCGACUCGUCUGCUCGCUACAGCCCCUGUCGUGCGUCGGUGGACCGAUCCUGCCCAAACCAAAAGGACAGUCACGCAUGACGACAUCACCCAAAAAGGACAAUUCGCGGGAUUUGUUGGCAAUGUACGAGGCCACGGCCGAGAACACGACUGCAUCGUCUCCCGCUGGUCCGACGGUGCGGCGGAGGCUGGGCCAUCCCCAUGCGACGGCCUAUAACUUCAAGCCCGCGGCGUCCCUGCCAUCAAGUCGGAAGACAUUUGACGUGCCCGUGCGGAUACGCGAGUCCCCUUACCCGGUGUACUGGGUAGAGGUGCUCGACGUUGGCCACCAGAAAUGGCAGCCGGCCGAUGCCGUCGUCUUGCACAGUUUCUGGAGACCCAAAGUCUUUGAGCCGCCCAUUACGGACAAGGAGAACAGCUUGUGCUACGUGGUGGCAAUGGAAGCAGAUGGGACGGCCAAGGACGUCACGAGGAGAUAUGCCAAAGCCUAUACGGCCAAGACGCGCAAGCUGCGCGUGGAAAGCGUGCUGGACGAUGGCGAUGCAUGGUGGCGCAAGGUCAUGAAGUUCUUUGGACGGCCAAGGCCGACCGACUUGGACCAGAUUGAGGUCAACGAACUCGCUGGGGCCGAGGCUCGGGAGCCCAUGCCGCGCAAUGUGCAAGAUUUCAAAGACCAUCCUGUGUACGCCCUGGAACGGCACCUGCGGCGGCACGAGGUGUUGGUCCCGGGAGCGACACCGUCCGGCACCGUCGGCGCUGGAAGCCGGGGACCGCUGGAAAAGAUCUAUCGACGGAAAGACGUUCGCAUCGCACGGAGCGCUGCCAAAUGGUACCGUCUAGGGCGCGAGGUCAAGCCCGCCGAGAUUCCUGCCAAAUGGCUCCCCAAGAAGGCUAGUGUUAAGCGCUCGAGGCUGGGGAGCCCGGAGAAUGCAGAGGCCGAGGCCGAGGAGCAGGCGGGGACCCCGGUCUACACGCACGACCAGACGGAAGCAUACGAGCCACCGCCCGUACGCAACGGGCGAGUUCCGAAGAACAAGUUUGGCAACAUUGAAGUCUACGUGCCCAGCAUGGUGCCGCGGGGCGCGGUACACAUUGUACACGAGCUCGCGGCGCGGGCAGCCUUGACGCUCGGCAUCGAUUACGCCCCGGCGCUGACGGGGUUUCAGUUCAGGGGACGGCAGGGGACGGCGGUGUUGCACGGCAUCGUGGUGGCGGCCGAGUUUGACGAGGCGGUGCGGGCCGUCAUGGCGGGGUUGGGCGAUGCGGAGCAGGAAGCGGCAGACGAGAGGCGGAGGCUAGGGGUGCUCAUGAUGUGGAGACGGCUGCUGAUGGGACUCAGGAUUCGAGAGAGGAUAUGGGGCGGAGUGGACGAGGAGGAGAGGAAAGAGGCAGAGAGGCAGGCCGAGAUGGAAGCGGGCUUGGGAGAUGCAACCAGCGACACGACGGAGGAGUUUGACAUGGUGUAUGAGGAAGACGGCGAGGGAGGCGGGUUUAUGAUGGAGUAA